AUGGAGGGAUAUAAUGUACCUUGCCAAAAUGGUACUGUGUAUGACAAUCAUAAAAAUUCAAAUACGUUGGUAGCGAAGACCGUGCUGCUAAGCCUUAUAGACCUCGCUGUAGUGCUCGGUAACACCUUAGUGAUAGCCGCCGUUUUUACUACCCAGAAACUAAGGACGGUAACAAACAUUUUUAUUGUGUCGCUAGCGUGUGCGGACUUAUUACUCGGGUUUGCGGUGUUGCCGUUCUCAAUCUCAGUGGAAGUGGACGAGUGGUUGUGGGGUCAGGUUUGGUGCAGCAUGUGGCUGGCCAUCGAUGUCUGGUUGUGCACUGCCUCCAUCUUCAGCCUCUGUGCAAUCAGCUUUGACCGCUUUAUCGCCGUGACCCAUCCAAUCAGGUACCCGACAAUUAUGUCGCCGUCACGUGGUAGAUGGCUUGUCGCCUCUGUUUGGGUUUUGUCAUUUGUAGUAUGCUUGCCGCCUCUGCUCGGUUGGAAUGAUAGCACGCUUAACAACCCUUCCUUCAAUCUUACUGGUGAUGAUAACGUCGAUGGAUUGUUUUCCAAUACCAGUCUGUUCAUUAAUACAUCUGAAAAUUGUCUAGAAGAAAAAGUGACUUGUGAACUAACAACAACUACUGGAUACAGAAUUUACGCUGCACUGGGCUCGUUCUUCAUCCCUAUGCUUGUCCUGGUAUUUUUCUACUUUAGAAUAUACCUUACGGCCGUAAGAACUGCAGCUUCAAUUCGCAAAGGCGUGCUAACGACAAAGAUUAGCAAUGACAUUUCACAGCUAAAUGGAUACGGAGAAGAUGAAAUUCAUCUACGGGUUCAUCGUGGGGGCAGCACCUCAUCAUCGCACAAAUCAGCGAAACAUUGUGAUUUAGGAGCUAGCUGUAGGACAAUUAAUAGCGAUGCAACGUCGCAAUCUCCAAGACUUGCCGUUAAGCGAACUCUCAGUAAUAAGAUAAAUCACAUUGAACCAAGUGCACGCUCAGAUUCUAAUUGUAACAGAGAUGACAAUUUAGUGAAAACAAAUGGUGUAAAUGAGAUGAAAUUAAAUGGCGUUUCCCGCAUAAAUACUGUUUUCCUGACUGUUGCGAGACAAAUAUGCAAAUCGAAAAGAAGGCACGGAAAAUUGACAAGUGACCUAACGGAGCAGGAAAUGUUAAAGAAACACAACGACAAUGGGCACCCAGCUUUUAACGAAAUUACACCAAAUUAUUCUCCUCUAGCGUCUAAAUCGUCCUCGCCAAAAUCGCCUAGGCGUAAAACGUUAAUCAGGGAAACAAAAGCUUUAUCUGUGAAAUGUCAUGCAAGGAAGUUUAAACGAGAGGCAAAAGCUGCAAAGACAUUAGCAAUAAUUGUAGGAGCUUUCAUAAUCUGCUGGUGUCCUUUCUUUACAAUAUACCUCAUGGGGGCGUUUUGUCAAGAAUGCAUCGUGUGA